AUGACAGUGGUGCCACCUAUCGCCGUCAUCCAUCAUGACAAGGAAAACAGAACCUUGGUAACCGGGUUUGAAGGCAGAGGCGCAUACAGUUAUGACGUGUCAUACGCCAGUAGCAGUCAGCGCAUCCGGGCACUGAUGGCCAGAUCUGGACCCUGUCACCAACAGCUGAAGUACGAAUGUCGGGGCGCGGUCAUUAAAACUUCAUUGAACGGCAGCAGAACGCUUUCUUAUUGGAUAGCUAACGGACAGAAAGUGACGUCAUACUGGCCCGGAGGGAAUGCGCAGUUGGGUGGAUGUGCAUGUUACCAGACCAAAAGCUGCGCAGGAGGAAAGAAGUGUAACUGUGACAUGAAUGAUCAAGUCUGGAGAGAAGACAGCGGCCUGGUGACAGACAAGGACGUUCUUCCUAUCACCGGGUUGAGAAUUGCGGGUGUCACUUUCCCAAAUACAGCCACCACCACAUCGAACACAACGACCACACCGACCACAACGACACCAACCACAACGACCACACGGACCACACCGACCACACCGAGCACACGGACCACACCGACCACACGGACCACAACGACACCAACCACAACGACCACACGGACCACACCGAUCACACCGAGCACACGGACCACAACGAUCACACCGAACACAACAACCACCGUUGCAGUAAGUCAUACUAGAACACAUACAGAACAAGUUGAUCUGCAGACUGACAUAUUCGUGGACUAA